GGGUGGGAAAGAUUAUUAGCAGAGGAAAUUGUUUUAAAAACCCUCUCCCAGAGCCCCCAUCUUCUUCCAAAACAGCCGCACGCCUUGAGGCCGGAUUGAGUGCGGAAGGCGCGGGGUUGGCGCGCCAUUGCGCCCGGGAACCCUGAGAGCGCCUUAAACGAGGCCACCCUAGCGCCGUCGGAGAAGGGAAUCAGCUUCGUAGUGGGGCAACACAGCCACUUUCUUCUUCCAGGGGAUGGAAGCCGUGGCCCAGUACGAUUUCCAAGCCCGCGACUGGGACGAGCUCAGCUUCCGACGGGGCGACCUCCUGAAGGUCUUGGAGAAAGAUUGCGAGCCUUACUGGGCCAACGCGGAGCGGGCUGGGCGAGAGGGUCUCGUCCCCGAGAAUCGCAUCACCUUCAAGCCCCACCCCUGGUUUUGGGGCAAGCUCCCGCGGGACAUCGCCGACGAGGCGUUGGCCAGGCAGAGCCUCGACGGCGCGUUCAUGGUCCGCGAGAGCGAGAGCGCUCCAGGCGGCUUCUCGCUCUCGGUCAAGACGGGGGCCGACGUGCAGCACUUCAGGGUCUUCCGAGACUUGAGCGGGCACUACUUCCUCGGCGCGGUCGCCUUCAACUCCCUGAACGAGCUGGUGCAGCACCAUCGGACGACCUCCGUCUCCCGGGACAAAGUGAUUCUCCUGCGAGACAUGGAGCAGGGCGCUCGGUUUCCUACCUACGUGCGGGCGCUGUUUGACUUCCGGCCUCAAGAGGCGUGCGAGCUGGGCUUCCGACGUGGAGAUGUCAUUCGGAUCCUGGACGAUUCCGACCCCAACUGGUGGAAAGGAGCCUGCCAAGGGCGGAGGGGCAUGCUACCCCACAACUUCGUGGCGCCAGUGAAAUGGGAUGGAUGUUGCACCGGUAGUGAUGUUGCUGGGGUGCGGGAGAGGGGAUUCACUUGGCCUUGCAGCUCCCAUCUUCCCUGA